AUGCAGACUGAGCGUGGCAGUGGCAGCUGUUUCCUUUUGCUGAAGGCCAUUGUGUUUGCGGGGGUCCUGGUUGUGGCACUGGGAGAUGGCGCAACACAAACACUCCCGAUUGAUGGCUUCAGCAAGGGUGGCUGUGGUGUCAAUGCUCAUGAUCUGGGAUAUUGGAGCGCUGUCCGAAAAGGGAGGUUUUUGGCCUUGGCAACUAUUCACUUUCCGCUGGGCAAAUUCUGGUGCCAAGGCGUGGUGAUUGAUAGAUUCCAUGUUUUGACGGCCGCCUACUGCAUCGAACAGGCUGGAUUUGAUGCCACCGUAAUAAUUGGUGCUCAAGAUGACAGUGACAUCAGGCACAUGGAAGACAUUGAGGAAAGGAAUAUCAUCCAAGUCACUCGUCACAAGAAGCAGACAGGCGGAUAUGAUGUGGCACUGCUCAGACUGGAACACCCCUUUGAGGGUCCCUUCCCAACUCUGAUUGCACCGAAUCAAAAACCACCACACAAUGGCAAGGUGGUAGGUUUCAGCUGGAGCAAUGCAAUACAGGCAGCUGUAUUUUGCGCUGUGCAAGCUGAUUACUGUCCAGCACUGCUUGGAAAGAGUUUCCGGGGAGACUGCGCCUACUCAAACUUUGCCACCAUGGAAAGUGGUGUCCUGGGCAGUCCUCUUGUCGUAACUGAUUUGCCACCAGAUUCGCAUACGUACCAAGAUGUAGUCCGGCAUGGCAGAACUGACCUCGACUAUGUUGUGGGGAUCGUGACAAAGGCGAACUACAAAAAUGGAAGUUUGGCUGUCGAAUAUGCAGCCGUUGGUCCUCUUCGAGGCUGGAUCAGUGACACCAUAGCUCCACAGGCAAGGUUUCUCCCCGUUCGAGUGAUGUGGACGAUAGCGCUUAUGGUUGCUACCUCGACAGCUAUGGUGGCGUGCCUCAUUCUUCAACCCAGUGCAGUUUUCGUACGUUGCCCACCCAUUCUCAGAGUAGCAUUGGCUCGAAGAGCACUGCAUCGCAAAGAGCCAAGAAAUGUCUACGCCAGAAUGUCUACACUGGAUGGCAAGGAAGAGGUUGUGAAUAUACUUUUCAACAACCGGAUUGGAGGGGGGGCCGCGGGAGACGUGUAUUUAGGGGAGAUCUGGCUAAGCAAUGGGCAAGUACCUACAGUGGCUGUCAAAGUCUGUAGAACUGGCAUGGAAGCAGGCGCCCUGCAAAAGGAAUAUGCUAUCCUCAAGACGGCUCAGGAGCAUCCGAACGUGUUGGGUUGCUAUGGUUUUGGGCAGGUCCCAGACGGCGAAGAAUUUGUCGCAACUGAGUUGAUGGACAUGAAUCUGCAUAAGCUGAUGAAGAACCAGGGGAGGUCUGUUCUGGUCGCAGGUCAUCGCGCGGUCACCGUGCCGCUGCUUACCUACCUGGAUGCUUUGAAAAUAUUUCAGGGGAUUGCCAGAGGCAUGCAUUAUGUUUGCGAUCUGGAUAUCGCUCAUUUUGACUUGAAACCGGAGAACGUGUUGGUGAAAAUCGCUGAGGAAAUACUUGUGAAAGUGGGGGACUUCGGAGCCUCUGAACAGCUUUCACAGACAUUUGGCACAGGGAAGUUUGAUGGGACUCUGAGGUACAUGGCCCCUGAACUCAAGCCGAUAUAUUUUGCAGAGGAAGGCAAGAAGAUUUGCGUGGAUCGCAAGAAGCCGGAUAUCUAUUCUUUUGGUGAGUUGAUGCGCGAAUGUAUCCUUGCAUCCAGCCAAACUGGCAUCGUCAGUUCUGGAAUCCAGGAUCUUGAUGAUUUGAUUGAUAAUUGCGCUAGUUUUGACCCUGGCAAGAGGCCCAGCUGGGCGGAUGUUUUGAGCGAACUCUCUGGCCUCAUAGGCGCCAGGCCAGCGUGGGCGAUGCGGAAGAUCCCAACCGCCAGCUAG